GGGAACUGUUUUUUUUUCUUUUUCUUUCUUUUCCCCAGCCGAUCUCCGUCUUCGAUUGGACGCGAGAAUUGAAUUCUAACAUCUACUUUCCGACAAAUUUCCCUGAAACCCAAACAAGGGGGAAGAGUUGAGCUUUGGAUUUGCUGUAAUGGACGAGGUGGUGGAGGCAGUGGAGAAGGCGAAGCAGGAAUGGGACGAAGCUUAUGCUAAGACGCAGAUCCACAUAAAAUCGAUCGAAGAGUAUCGCAAAUCCGGAGAUGGUAUCGAAGGAGCGUCCUCACAGGAAAAGAAUUCGCUUCCCAGAUUGAACGGCCUGGCGCAAGAUGGAUUGGCGCUGCUCCAGUCGCUGGAAUUCAAGCUCGAUCUCUUGGCUCCCCAGUUGCCCGCCGACGAUCAAGUUAAAUCGGCGCAAUCGCUGCUCGAAUCCUGGAAGAAACAGUCCCAUAGCUUGCGGUUGAGUUUGAGGAAUGCCAAUUUGCAAGCAAAGGCUAACCUAAGGAAGGCUGCUCAGGAUGAGAGAAAAUUGCUUUUGGGAGGUGGAGAAGAGUCCACAGCUCGCAGGCGAAAUCUACAGACAAAGGCUGGGAUGACAUCUGCAGCAGAAAGCAUUACAGAAAGCCUUAGGCGCACUCGGCAGCUGAUGGUUCAGGAGGUGGAAAGAAGUUCUAACACACUUAUGACUUUCGACGAAUCUACCGGGGUGUUGAGAAAGGCUGAAAGUGAGUACAAGGGUCAUCGCUCCUUGUUGAUGCGAACAAGAAACCUACUGUCCACUAUGCAACGACAUGAUGUUAUCGACAGAUUGGUGAUUGCUGUGGGAUUCUUCUUGUUCUCUUGUGCUGUACUUUAUGUGGUCUCCAAGCGCAUUGGGCUACUCAGGCUGCAGAGAACGGUAACUGCUGCAAUUAAGGCAGGGAUGGCUGGAAAAGGGGGGCGUGAAGCAGUUGAAGAAGGCAUUAAGAAUCUCGCUCGAAUCCCCCAAAAUGCUGAUCCGCAGAGACAAGGUCUGUUGAAGCAUGCCAUGCAUGAUGAACUUUAGACUUCCUAGGGUUAUUAAUUUCUUCCUUGGCUUGUAUUGUUUCGCCAUACCCUUACCAGUAAAUGUUUCCUGUAUGGUUGAAUCGUUUAGAUCACUCUUGUCUUGAGUUUGAUAUAUGCAUAUUUGCUAAAUCCUUACUGAACAAGGAAAACGGGAUUGAAGUAAAUACAACAAGAUUUUGCAAGUUAGAGUCCCAUCUCUGUUUCCUCUUUCUCUGUUGGAUAUAUAACCCACAUUUUCACUUGGAAAAGAAGUGGGGAAGAAAAGGAAUGAGAAACA